AUGCAGGUCGAGCAUCUAACCCUGAACAUAACGUUCGCGUCGAAGGAAUAUAUUGCGCUUGAGAUUAUCGGAACGAACUGUAUUUGUCUAUCCGGGAGCUAUACGGUUGCAUAUAGCGAGAGCACUAUCAGUGUAUCCGCACCUCCUGUAACAGCAAUUGCUCCCUCGGUGCCAACAAUGGACAGCAAUUCUCCACAUGCUCGACCAGAUCAGCGAGAGAGAAAACGCACCAGGGUGGAUUUAUUGAUAUCUGAGAACGACCGCAAAGCCCCCGUCGAGACCGUAGCUCGAACGUCAGCCUCUUCGCUGAGCAAAACGACCCCCCAGCAUUUGGGGCGACGUUACAUCGGUGCACCACCGCCAUCGCUUUCGUCAAAAGCUGCCGGGAAACGCCCCCGGGUCGCCAGCUCAACCGAAGCUACUGAUAAUACGGAUGGAUUCGCUUCUGAAUCUUCCGCUACAGCAUCACCGAUCACCACGCUCAUCCCUUCGGUGAAGUUUCACCAGCCGGCCUCGAACCUCAAUCCCAAAAUGUCACAAUCGCGUGAAGACAUUACUCCUCCCGGUCCUUCCUCGAUCAAGAACGAUGCCAUUACGAUUAAGGAUGUUGUUGUAAUCAAGGAUCAUAAAAUCGGCGAAGGACAACAGUCUGCAGCUCGCGGAGACGAAGUUGCACUUUGGUAUCGUUUGCAAUUGUCCGAUGACGUGACCGUCGACUCUCGGAUGCAGGGUUCACCGUUGGUGACCAGGUUGGGGAAAACCUUCAUCCUUCCGGCAAUUGACCAGGGCAUUGUCGGUAUGAAAACAGGAGGCGAGCGGCUCAUCACGAUCCCACCUGCGUUGGGAUAUGGCGACCGCCAGCAUGGCGUGAUCCCCCCAGACAGUACCUUGUUCUUUCAAUGCAAACUAUUGAGCAUCCGUCAUCUUGAUGCGGAAUGA